AUGGAUAAUUCAACAAGAAUAGUUAUCGUAGCGAGUUUAACAAUCGUUUCCUGUGCUCAAGUUGAUGAUCCAUGCAAGAUCAAGUCACGCGUGGUAGCCGACGACAAAUACUGCGACAAGUACUGGCAAUGUGAGAGUGGACAGGCGGUGCAGUACGACUGUCCCAACGGACUCGUGUUCGCUGGAAAACAUCGUGGAGUUACUGAAGGUUGCGACUAUCCCUGGAGAUCGAAUUACUGCGAAUACCCUAAAGUACAAAUAAAUCCCCCAAUCGGUACGGAGCAUUGCGACUGGCUAUAUGGAAUCUUCGGCCAUGAGACCUCGUGCACCAGAUACUGGACCUGCUGGAAUGGUACCGCAACAGAACAGCUUUGCAUCGGUGGUUUGCUGUACAAUGAGAACGCUCACUCGUGCGACUGGCCCGAGAAUGUAGACGGCUGUCAGAAACAUCCUCUUUGCAAUGAAGAUCCCAACGGCAACGUUCCUCUUGGCAAAUCCUGCAACAGAUACUGGCAAUGCCAGGGUGGUUACCCUCGUCUCCAACGCUGCCCUGCUAUGCUAGUCUUCGACAGACGUUCUUUGAGAUGUGUCGUGCCACCUACAGAGGAUUGUGAUGUACCAACUACCACACCACCACCACCAGAAGAAGUAGAAGAUCAGCAACCUCCUAAGAGGGCACAACACGAGUAUCAAGAAGGUCAAGGACAAGGUCGUCAGAGGACUAGAAAUUAAGCAGAUUUAAAAUUCUCUUUAUAACAUGGGCAUAAUAUUAAUUAUAUUACAUUACCAAAUUCUCCAACAUUUGUAGUUAUAAAUAUAUAAUGCGUUAAAAAUACGAUGAAAAGACUGCAUCAAACAUAACACACGCCCGAAUUUCAUAAACAUUAUGAGAGUAUGGCUAAGAGAGUUUUCAAAUCGUCUCAAUUAAACGAAAACUUUAAAAUUUAUUUAUAAUACAAUAAAGCAUUUCCGCAAGACAUAUAAAACAAGUAAUUCGGUGUUAAAUUAAAGUUUCUGUUGUUUCGUGGAAGUAUAAAGCUCUACCAUCAUUAAACCUUUUCCCUCGUGUUGACAUUUUAUCAAUCAAUCAUCAAAAAAUAAAACGUCAUCAGAAUUUUAUCAUUUCAUGAAAUAAAAAUAAAGUUUCUUUAUUAAAAUUGUUUCAUCAUCAUUUGGGAAUGAUCCCACCAUGACUUUUUUUCGCCUUUAAGCAGUAAUAUUUAUAUUGUAUUGUUAUUACUUAAUUUAGUCUUGUCCCUAGUUUUAACUGGUGUAUAAACUUUAGAUCUGUCAAAGAAAUACUCAUUUAAGUUCAUAAUUUAGUUUUUGUUAUUAGUCUAUUCUGUCACUAAAAAUAACAUCAAUUCUAUUGUAAACUAUAAGUGUCAAGUGUAAGUUUAUAAAAAUUCUUUUCAUAACGUGAAUUUUUCUACAUUUCUUUGGACAUUCAAAAUCUAACAAUCAAUAUCCAAUAUUGAAAACAAAACUUAGGUUUUUUAUGUUGGUAACACUUGUUUUUACUAAUAUUGAAAAUGCAUAAUUAUUAGCAGUUUUUUUGCAAUAUCCCCGUAGGUUAGGUUAAGUUUAUAUUGUUUUAAUUUUAAGAAAAUAAAGAUAUCACUUAAAAA